CUAUAUAGAAGGCAGUGACAAGGCGAUGGCAUAAAGGCCCAUGUUUGAUGAAUUUGAGGUUAUAAUUUCUUCAAUUUGUGACAUUUGUGUUUAAACUUACAAUAUUUUACAUUUCUACUAGUAAGAAAAAAUGUAAUCAAUCUAGAUUUUAUCGCAAUUUGAUUGAUCAUUUCGGAUUUUGGUUCAAUUAAUAAAGACAUUGUGGUUCAAUAGUUGAAUUUUGUCAAUCUGUCAAAUGAAAUGUUUAUUCAGUAGGUCUAUCAAUAUUUGAUAAAAUAAUUUCCUUAAUCAUGGUUGGGAACAUGAAAAAAGAUAUGGUUUCAAAAAUGAGCAAGGAGCAGCGGACAAUUGCUGCUAUUGCAGAAAUAAUUCAAGAGCUACUAAACGCUCAACGAGAUGGAAAGGAUGUCAAUCUGAAUAGUUUGAAAACAAAGGUGUCGUCCAAGUAUGCCCUGGACACGACUCCCCGGUUAGUCGACAUCAUUGCGGCCGUCCCAAUUGAGUCCAGGAAAACUCUCUAUCCAAAAUUGAAAGCUAAGCCGAUCCGGACUGCCAGUGGAAUUGCAGUUGUAGCUGUGAUGUGCAAGCCACAUAGGUGUCCUCACAUCAAUAUGACAGGCAACAUCUGUGUCUACUGCCCGGGAGGGCCGGAUUCUGAUUUCGAGUAUUCCACCCAGUCGUACACCGGCUAUGAGCCAACCUCAAUGAGGGCAAUCAGGGCUCGAUAUAAUCCCUAUUUACAAACCAGGCACAGAGUCGAACAGCUGAAGCAGCUGGGCCACAGUGUGGACAAAGUGGAGUUCAUCGUUAUGGGUGGAACGUUCAUGUCUCUACCUGAAGACUACAGGGACUAUUUCAUCAGGAACCUGCACGAUGCAUUGUCUGGCCACACUAGUAACAAUGUCGAUGAAGCUGUCAAAUACUCGGAGAAAAGCAAGGUGAAGUGUAUUGGCAUCACGAUCGAGACGCGGCCGGACUACUGCCUGAAGCGACACCUGGCGGACAUGCUGCGUUACGGCUGCACGCGACUCGAGAUCGGAGUGCAGUCGGUCUACGAGGACGUGGCUCGUGACACGAAUCGCGGCCACACCGUGCGUGCCGUCUGCGAGUCGUUCGCACUCGCCAAGGAGGCCGGAUUCAAAGUGGUCACGCACAUGAUGCCCGAUCUGCCCAAUGUCGACUAUGAACGCGACAUCGAACAGUUCACGGAGUUCUUCUACAAUCCAGCCUUCCGGCCGGAUGGGCUGAAAAUCUACCCGACGCUUGUGAUCCGAGGCACGGGUCUGUACGAGCUGUGGAAGACUAAGCGCUACCAGAGCUACCCGCCCAGCACCCUCGUCAACCUGAUAGCGCAGAUACUUGCCUUGGUCCCACCCUGGACGCGGGUCUACCGUGUGCAGCGCGAUAUUCCCAUGCCGCUAGUCACAUCGGGUGUUGAGCAUGGCAAUCUGAGAGAAUUAGCGUUAGCUCGCAUGAAGGAAAUGGGCACGGAUUGUAAGGACGUACGCACAAGAGAGGUUGGCAUUCAGGAAAUCCACCACAAAGUUCGUCCUUAUGAGGUGGAAUUUAUUAGAAGAGAUUAUACCGCAAAUGGUGGUUGGGAAACCUUCCUUUCCUAUGAAGAUCCUGAACAAGAUAUUCUUAUAGGAUUAUUGAGACUAAGGAAAUGUUCUGAAGACACAUUCAGGCCUGAAUUGAAAGGACAGGUGUCAAUAGUGCGCGAGCUGCACGUGUAUGGCAGUGUGGUGCCUGUGAGGGCGCGAGAUCCCUCCAAGUUCCAACACCAGGGCUUCGGAAUGCUGCUCAUGGAAGAAGCCGAGAGGAUAGCCAGAGAUGAGCAUGGCUCCAACAAGAUUGCUGUUAUAUCAGGUGUUGGUACACGUAAUUACUACCGUAAAAUGGGAUAUGAAUUGGAUGGCCCCUACAUGUCAAAGUCGUUGAUUUGAAACGGUCAAUAAAAUAGAGUCAUAGAUGUUUCAGUCACGAGAAAAAGCUCGGUCCUCAGGCCGCUGCAGUUCCAAGCGGUUUUUCAUGGCUGAACCAUCUGUAUCAUAAUUUGAUUGCUGAAGAGUGAAGAUUUUAUGUAAAUUGUUACUUAGUAAUACAAUUUAUGAGUGAGAACCUAA